UAAUGAUUCAAUUAUCACACAAGAACCUAAAUUUGAAUUUCACAGUUGAUUUGAGGAUUUCGUUGGUGUUUUUGAGACGAGGCAUUUUGAAUGAACCGUGAAUUAAUAAACAGCAUGGUUCCGAUACACAUAUCUAAAAUGAAAUGUUAGUCUUUCCUUCUUCUUGGAGAAACGAAGUUGUUACGAUCAGCACCAUGUCUGAGAAAACACGUUCCUUUCACAAAUCUCCUCUCUCCAAUCCCUCUUCCGUCAAACCCUCCGACUCCACAAACGACGCUUCAGUGUCCCACCAACAAGUAACUCGUGUCUACGUUAGAAGAAAUAAUAGUAAUAAUAAUAAAAGAGCCAAAGGAAUCACCACAACCAAACUUCAACAAAACCACCAUCUACCCCCAACUCAAACUCACAAAAAGUUUGGUGGUUUACCUGAAAUUGAAGAUUUUGCAUAUAGAGGACCAAAUGAAUUGACUCAGUUUAGAAAAUCAGAAAUUAGCUCAGAUGUGAUUGUGAAACCAGCUGAAGAAAGUGAAGUUGCUUCUGCAGCACACAGAAGUGAAUCCCCUGCCGACUGGGAAGAGACGCUUGAAGGUAUUCGCAAAAUGAGGUGUUCUGCGGAUGCACCGGUAGACACUAUGGGAUGUGAGAAAGCUGGUUCUACACUACCUCCUAAGGAAAGAAGAUUCGCUGUCCUGGUAUCUUCCCUUUUAUCAAGCCAAACCAAGGAUCAUGUUAAUCAUGGAGCAAUCCAACGUCUUCUUCAAAAUGAUUUGCUUACUCCUGAUGCAAUCAACAAUGCUGAUGAAGAAACCAUCAAAAAGUUGAUCUACCCUGUUGGGUUUUAUACAAGAAAAGCCACAAACUUGAAAAAAAUAGCAAAUAUUUGUCUGAUGAAGUAUGGUGGAGACAUACCUAGCACACUUGAGCAACUACUCUUACUUCCAGGCAUAGGUCCUAAGAUGGCUCACUUGGUUAUGAAUGUUGCAUGGAACAAUGUCCAAGGGAUAUGCGUCGAUACUCAUGUCCACCGCAUUUGCAAUCGGCUAGGUUGGGUGUCAAGAUUAGGCACAAAACAGAAAACUUUGACACCUGAAGAGACAAGAGAAUCACUGCAAAGGUGGCUUCCAAGGGAAGAAUGGGAUCCAAUAAAUCCUCUAUUGGUAGGAUUUGGACAGACAAUUUGUACACCUCUAAGACCUCGUUGUGGAGAAUGUGGUAUAAGUCACUUGUGUCUGUCAGCGUUCAAGGAGGCCUCAGACUCGAGCUCAUUUUCCAAGUCCACAAAGUCCCGAAGGAACAAGAAGCUUUAACAAAUGGGAAAAACUUUCUCCACCCUCCAAUAUAAGUUUGGAUGUACACAUAUGAAACAAUACUUAAUUUUGUGUCGUUUGAGACAAUUUAUGCUGAUUGGAAUUAUGUUUCUGAAAACCAUAGAGAUCUUUUUAGAAACGGGGAGGGGUGAGAAGUAGCACACUUAACAAAUUAGAUUAGAUUUUCUUUUUGGUUGGAUUGAAGUCACCAUUAUCUAUUUUCACAUGUAAAUACAAGUAUGCAUGUGACUAUGAUUGGAUUAUUACUAAUUUGGCUAACAUUGUAUACAGCCACACAUCUAAAGAUGUGUAUUUUGUAGAAGAAAAAUGCUUGUAUGCAACCUUGUUUUGAUGCUGAAACUUGAUUUUUUUUAUGUACA